UCAGUGACGCUGUACCACGUGAUCGAGUAGGCGUAUUUAAGCCCCUGGCGCGGGAUUCUCAGUGAACAGAAAGGCAGUCCCCACCUACAACACAGUGCUACCCUAUGAGAAUCAACGGUCUCUUGUAAGAAGAUGAGUUUCACUGGAAAGCUAAAAAACAGCCAACAGAAGUCUGAUGAGAAUGUGCAUAGCUUUUUCAAACCAUCUCAAAUGGCAAUGGGUCCUCCCAGGCCAAGUCUGCAGGUCCUCCAACCCUUAGCUGGCAACCAAGAUUUGGAAAGGUCAGCUGCUCGGGCUGGAAAGAUCAUUCCCAAACGGAAACAGUGGAGCUCAGAACAAACAAGAGGUCCAAAGAGGGUGAAGGUAGAGAUCAAAUCUACACAAACAGAAGAAACUCUGUGUUCGACAGAUGGCAUGUCCAGUGAAGCGUACGAUCUUAUGGUUGUUGUUUCUCUCAUUGCAGAUACUCCUCCUCCAACUUACUGGAAAGAGAUAGCUGAGGAGCGUCGGAAGGCCUUGUACAAUGUUCUACAGGAGAAUGAGAAGAUGCACAAAGACAUUGAGGCCAAAGAUGUUCAGAUAACACAGCUGAAGUGUGAAAACGAAGAGCUGCAGGAGCUGGCACAGCACGUACAGUACAUGGCUGAUAUGAUUGAGAGGCUAACUGGAAAGAGUCCAGACAAUCUGGAGGAACUGCGGGAUAUUGCUCUUGACGUGGAGGACGACGACGACACAGUGAAGUGGCAGAUCAGAGUGAAGAGGAAGACUCGGCUCACAGUCAUAGUGAUGCCGAGGAAGAAGAGACCUCAGACAAUGAAGAAGCUGGACCUUCGUCAAAGAAGGAUUAACUGACACUAUUCUGUCAUGGGAGUUUGACCUGCUUAUACAUGUUUGCAGAUUUACGCUAAAGUUUUCUUUGGCAGCAACAAGUGGCCAUCCGUUGACUGACUUGGCUUUUCAGAGUAAUUUAUUUACUUGAAACUGCGAUGGUUUCGAAUGCCUGCAAUUUUUAUAUUUUUCAGCCUGAAACAGACGGGGGUCUGGUUUUAAUUGUUUUAGACUUUGUGUUAAAAAAGAAGCCAUUAUAAGCCUUUUACACAGCAGACCUUUGUGGCAGGUCACAGUAGGAAAAGCACAGGUGUGAGAACAUGACAAUGGCUGUUUUCCAUUAGUGCUUCAGUUCCCCUGUAGGGUGCCAGUGGCUUACUGGGACACUCGAAUCGACCACAGCCUUUGUUGGUGUUUUUGGAUAUGUCGCAGCACAGAUGACUUUGUUGCAAUGAUUAAAUUGACACAAAGCCCUGCAGUGCCACCAUGUAUGCUGUUUGAUGCUAGAGAAAGGAUGUAGGUACCACCCAAACCCCUGUGGGGUCUUUUCCUUUGACAUUAUAAAUCAAUGACAACCAUGUGACUGAAAUCCUGUGCUUUUCCUGCUGUGGGGAGUCCAAGUGUUUUGUUAAGCCUUAUUGAUUUUGCUUCAUUCCUGACUAAAUGUGGCCUGGACCAUAAAGUGUUUUUGGUUUACACUGUAAAAAUGUUGUGGCACAGCUCUGUACAUAAUGCCAUGUUAAAAUAAACACUUUUUUUAGAAAACUGA